UCGCGCUAGCGUAAGAGUGUCGCAGCGCCGACAGCAAGUAAGCACAGUGCUGGAUUCAGGGUCACUACCCGUGACGGACCCGGUACCGGUAACAGUGCACGGCGAGACGGACGAAGUAGAGUUCGCGGUGCAUGACCAACCAUCGGUCCCGAACCUCCUGGGGAGGGUAGAAUUGGAACGAUUUGGUUUGAUUGAGAGAAGGUCCGGGAAGACGUUGGUCCUGGCGACCCAGAGAGGCGCAGUUGAUGAGAUACGGCUUGCGAAGAAGUACAAAGAGCAGCCACCAGUAGUAAAGGAGCAGUCGGAGGAUCCCUUCGACAGGCAGCGGCAGGUAUUCGUGGAGGGCACGGGACGCCUGGACCAGAGCCUGAGGGAUGAGCUGUGGAAUCUGUUGGUCGCAUACAAAGACGUAUGGGCCCAAAGGUUGGCUUGCGUCAAGGCGCGUUUCGAGGCGAGUGGCAAGCCGUACAAAGCGAGGUUGAGACAUCUCGAGCCUGAGCUGCGGGCCGAGUUGGAGAAGCAAAUGGAGAAGCAGCUGAAGCUUGGAGUCAUCCGUCCUUCGAAAAGUGAGUGGGUCGACCGCGCCGCACUUCGUGAAGAAGAAGACGGGCGAGUGGAGGUGCGUUUCGGAUUACCGGAGGCAGGCCGUCAGCACUUCACGACUCUCGAUAUGAACUCGGGAUUCUGGAAUGUGGCGAUAGCGGAGGAGAGCAAGCAUCUCACCGCGUUCAUCACACCGUUUGGGCUGUUCGAGUUCAAUGUCAUCCCCUUCGGGAUUAAGAACUCGCCGGCGGAGUUCCAGCACGCGAUGGACAUGGUGUUCGAGAAGGUGCUGGACGAUCGCACUCUGUUACAUUGA